AAGUGUUCUGUAUUCACCGACUAGUUUAUCGUCAACUACUCUCGCUGGACACUUCUUGGAACAUCGGUGGCAAUUUUUUUCUAUUAUCACACCAAGGGGUGUGAUAUUUUGACAACUCAUCUGCAUUCUUGUCUGCCUGACAGAAAAGUUACAUAAACUAAUUGACGACCCACAUCUGAAAGACUUUCCAGGCAAACCGAAAGUUAGAGGAAGAGAAGAGGAGAGCCAUGGAGUUGGAGGAGAUCCCCUUGGAGAAGAAGAAAAACGGAGAUGGUGAAAGAGCAAGUGAAAUGGUGUUGGAGGUCAAAACUGAAGAGGAAGCACAACCAGACCAUUACGCUAAAUUGCAAACUCCAGCUGAGGACGUCUACGCAGAAGCUUUUUUUGGCGACAAAAAAGCCAAAGCAGGCAAACAGACUGAGGGAAAUGCACGUCUGUAUCGUGCAGGCUGUUUAUUCCUCACACUGAUCUGCCUCGUCCUGCUGCUGGUCGUCAUCAUCCUCAGUGUGAAACUCCAAACUGGAUCCCCAGAUUGCCCAGGGAGUUGGGAAACAGGAGCAGGCACAUGGACCACUGGAACCAACUUCCCCAACACUCAGCGCCAGCAGACCGUCUGCAACCACUGUGGUAACGGAUGGCUGCCGUUUGAAAAGUCGUGUUUUCACCUGUCCACCAUCAGGAUGAACUGGUCCAUGAGCAAGAGAAACUGCACCGCCAGAGGAGGACAUUUGGCCAUCAUCUCCAGCCUGAGUGUUCAGACUUUUCUGACUGGGGCGACGAAUGAAGUAUUCUGGAUUGGGCUGAGACAUGAUGGAAAUCAAUGGAAAUGGGUCGACAACAGUGCACUGAGAACCAGUUAUUGGGAAGUUAAUGCGGCCGAGGCGGAAUGUGGUCUCCUGAGAGGUGCAGGCCCACCCCAGAAGAACUGGAUGAAGGGGAACUGCGCCCACUUAUCCUACUUCAUCUGUGAAAAGCUGCCCUGACAGCGUCGUCUUUUCAACAGAGAAAUGAGCAAACGCAUUCUCCGUCUGCAAGCAUCGACUCCUCAGUAACACGUCGCAUCGUUUCUCUUUCCACUUUUCAAUCAGUAGAAUCCGGCAAAGAAAAUUACAAAGCUCCUUCGGCAAUAGCUGUUUUGUAUUUAACACCUGUGGAUUUGUUAGUUAUAUUUUCUUGCAGCAUCGCGUAGUAUCAUUUGAACCUGAAUGUGGACUUUGUUUCAACAAGGUUUUAUUUUCAUAUAAAAUAGUCAUGCAUCUACCUAACAAGUA